GCGAGCUGUCCUCUUGUGGGACCAGUUCCAUUGUCACCACAACAUCAUCCUCCACGCCCGCAUCUUCGAUACCCCGUGGCUUUACCUACCACAUCCGCAGCUUGCGAACCACUCCUUUCGCGUGCGAAAAACAAACCAUACUCCUCACGACCAAAUUAUAAUCCGAUCGUCGCUGCGGUAUCACCUUCUCGAUCGAGCAAAUACAUUCCAACCAGAAGAUCAUCAACACUGGCAUCCCAACCGAGACCGAGACAUCAAGUCCACGAACCAAGACACGUCGUCUUCCGAUCGUUCAAACCCACGACCACCACCGCAUUCCAACCUAACACAACCACUUUCCCACCAAACAACCAAUACCCAAACCGCCAAAAUGGCCGAAGACCUAAACACCUACACCCACCUCCCCCUCACCAUCGACCCCCAAUCCAAGUCCAUCUCCCUGCACCCCUCCGCCGGCCUCUCCUCCGUCCAGACCCGUGCCCUCGAAUCCGAACUCGCCGCCUUGAACAACCUCCACCGUUCCCUCCACAGUCUCGACCCCCCGCACUUGGUCCCCCCUCCCCCAAUCCCCGUCAACCCCAAGCGCAGCGCACAAGUCUCCAAGCUGCGCGACUCGGGCAACGCCGAGUACAAGAAGCAAAAGUACGGCGAGGCGGCCAAGUUUUAUACCCUCGGCAUCCAAAUGGCGCUUGCCCGGCCGUUGUGGGAACCGAGUCAACUAGUGCGGGAGGAAGUCCACUCUUUGUUCUCUAACAGGGCGCAAGCACACAUGUGGAUGCAGGAGUGGCCUGAGGCUGCUGUUGAUGCUGAGGCGUCUGUUGAAGCGAAGAGGGUGGGGAAUGCUAAAGCGUGGUUUAGACGGGGCAAAAGCCUGUUGGAGAUGGGACGACUCGAAGAGGCGAGGGAGUGGGUGGGUAGGGGAUUGGAGGUGGAGGGGGAGGAGAAGGAGUUGGCGGAGUUGGGGAGGGAGAUUGAGAAGCGGUUGGAGGCUAGGUCUGCUGGGUCUGCUGGGGCUGGGGCUGGGGCUGACAACUAGGAGAAGGAUGUGCAACAGGGACAGGGACAGGCUUAGGGGGCAGGAAAUGGGUGGGAGA